UUAUUGCUUAACCACGUAAACAGCACACAUCGAUAGCUACGUCCUAAAUAGCAACAACCAAACCACCUCAAUUUUUAAGGUGAAUUAAAAUCAUAUAUAUUAUUUAUUAAGCAUAAAAUAUUAAUUAAUAAUAUAUUAUGUAAACUGAACAGUUUUAUUCAGAGAUUUUUGUAUAAUUAAAUAUAUAAACUGUAAAAAUAAUUAGCAUAAAAGGAGAUAGAGAUUUAUACACAGUGAGAAAUCGUUUAAAAAACCGAAUGAUAAUGUCUACAGCAAGGCAUGCACAUUUAAAAAAGGGACAUAGAAAUUAGUGAUGUCUCGAUUAAAUCUGUUGUUACUUGUAUUAUUCUGCACACGUAUUCGGUACACGAAGGCGGCCGAAAAAUGCUUGAAAACGAUUGAUAUGAGGGAAUGUUCCGGUCCCGGUUCUUCGUUAACAUCGCCACCAACUUGUUCCAAUGUAACUGUAUGUCAGGAUAUCUUCAACAUUUCAACUAUUAAUAUACCACCGUACUCAUCGGAACUUAUGCCACCAAUGCUAGAAAUUGCCGUUCGCAGCUGUUGUGGUAUUUGCAGAGGAAUGCACUACAAAAGUAACUUUACAUCAAUGAAAAAUUUCCAUGAUUUGUUACAAACUUCUGCAGUUACAAACUCUCGUUUUAUAUUCCCAAUUCUGGCUGAGUAUAACAUUGACAAGGUAUACGGCUACCAUUUCGUACCACUUAUCGAUGUUCAAACAGGCUAUUAUUUCGUCAAGAAACGCAAGAACUCGGACACAGUCAACGCGCUGCUGAAGGCUUGCUUAGGCUUAUGGCCGUUAUUUUUAAUCACACUUCUAUUGGCCUUCAUAGCUGGAGCAAUUGGCUGGAUUUGUGACACUCGAUAUAACGAAGAAGAGUUUCCACGGCCUUUUGUUAAUGGAGUGUUGGAGGGUUUUUGGUGGAGUUUCAUAUCUAUGACAACAGUAGGGUAUGGCGACAAAAGCCCAAAAUCAGCACAGGCACGUGCAUUUGCCGUCAUUUGGAUUAUUAUGGGUAUUACCAUUUGCUCCAUGUUCACUGCUGCAUUAACGUCUGCAAUUACUGAAUCAUCAAAAUUACCAGUAGCAUCCAUGAGUGGUCAAAAGGUUGCCGUCUUACCAGAUAGAUUACUUGAUUCAACGUUUGUGGUUGAUAAAGGUGGAACUUCAAUCGAAGGUGACGCAUUCAUGUUCUGUAAUAUCGACCUCAUCCUAUACAUUUUACCACAGCCCUCACUUAUAUAUUGUCUUCAUUCUAGUGUUUUCAGAUAUAAAUACAAUAAUUGAGAAAGUGGAUAGUGAUGAUAAUUUAGAUGGUAAGUUUUUUAAGUUAUUGUAGGAAUGUGAUAGAACGCGAGAACUAGAUGAUACCCAUUUUUCGGGAUAUUUUAACUAAGAUCGUCGUUAAUUACUACGUCUUAUUCAAUCUGGUUUGCUUUAGCCACACCCAUUGAUAAAUAACCGGCAUUAUGGACUUGUAUCUCGCACGACAUACAACUCGUUGCUACACUCUAAUUUUAAAGCUGGUAAAUUUAUAGAUGCAGACCAUAAAUUUCUUUCAGUAUAAUUUUAACAAAUCAUUUACAAUUCAAUGCUCUUACAUACACACGUUUCUUUGAGUAUUGCAAACAACCUCUUAUAAGCAACACGAGGAUCAAACCUUCAAAAGGCGAAGCAGACUGUAAGUAACAGCCGGUCUAAGGAUAAUAAAGAAAGAAAAAAAAGACAAUAACAGGGAGUAUACAAACAGUUUUCGAGGCUUUUCUUUUUCUAAAAUCAUUAAUUUCAUGCGACGAUAGAUGUGAUUAAGACAAGCCUGUGAAAUAAAGUAUCAACAUCAAUCUCACUUUGAUUGACAACUUCAUUGUUCCUAGGGUUUUUUCUUGGAUAAGCACACAAGAAUUGGUUACGAGACUCAUCCAUCCAAGUUAUAUGAUGAGUAUUAUGCGACAGAUGUAACCUAUAGCGGGGAAAAGCUAAGCUAUGGGAUGCUGGUGCUGCGUAAGAUAGACUUCGAAUAUAUGACCACAUUUAUAAAGAGUAACAAACUGAUCCUACAAACUUGCAUGGGUAAUGUAACCAAUGGCGUGAAAUCCCAGCAUGAGUAUGAACCUGGAAAUAUUUUCUCUCCAUCAUCUGGUCUUUUUCAACCAACAAUAAUUUCUUGUGUUUCGCUAAUAGCAUUAAUUAGUGGACUUGGUUUUAUUUACGAAUAUCGUCGACGGAAAAGAGCGAAGUCUGAAAUCGAUAUCCCUGGCAAUGAAUGUGAAAUUGAAAAAGUUACACACGAAGUUAUGAUAGAUGACGUUCAAAACAUGCUUCAAAAAUGGAAAAGUUCACCAGCAAGUGAUGAAAACAAUGCUGAGAAUGAAAAAUAUAAAAAGACUGAAGAAGAAAACGGUAAUAAUUACGAACUGACAACACCAAUAAAACGACAAGAAACUUUGUACUGUAAUUGAGCGUCAGCAUGUAAAAUACGUAAACAAUAAAAAUUUAACUUAAAAUGAGAUUUUCCUCAAUUAGGGUAAAAUCUGAAAAUCGGAUAGUCGGGUUAGCUAAUAAUUGUAUUAUGAAUCAUAAGUAUCAUCCAAAGCACUGUAAAUUAUUGGACUAAAAAAUUUAAAAAAAUACAAACUGUUAUAACUAUAGUAUAUGUAAAUAUUUUAUAAAAAUUUUGAAUGUUUUUAUUUGUUUUUAUUUUAAAAAUUACGGAAGUCAUUAGGGACAUGUUAUACUUUAUAUUUAGUGUACACUACGAUUUAAGAUAAUUUCUACGAUCUUAAGAUAAUACGAUCUUGGGGGCGGAAUCAGCCCUUCCCGACCAACCCCCCGACGGUUUUUUUAAUAACUUCUUAAAUGCUAGGUUCCAUGGCUAUGAUACUAACUGAGUUUCAAUAUUUAUUUUUAUUACCCG